AGAGCAUUUUGUUAAUCGAUUGAAUGAUCGAGUUUCAGGAUCUCUCCUUAUCAUAUACUUUAUGACAUACUUUCCUAAAAGGGCAGCUUAAUUAUAUCCUGUGCUCUUUGAGGUAGUAUUCCACACUACUUUUAGCUGAAUAUUCAUAAAAUAAUAAUUUUAAUUAUCACACUAAUCAUUCACAAUAGUUAUAUUUUUUGUUGAUUACGCAAUUAUAGUAAAUCAAUAUGGACAGUUCAGGUAUUGGUCUUCACACAACAAUCAGUUGCACUAAGUGUUACCUUGUGUAUCCCAAUCUACAGUAGUCUCGGGAAAGAAAAUCAUAUAUAUUUAAUUUAUUACAGAUGCAAACGAAAAAGGGAAAUUUUUAAAUAGAGCGAAAACUGCAUUGGAUAAUUUGUUCCACAACCUAACCGAUGCUAUCAACAACCGAAAAACGAUGUAUAAAAAAUAUAAAGUAAAAGAAUGGAUAGAAAAAGGUUACAGCGACCGACCGAUCAACGAUGUUGAACAAUCUGCCGAGGUGGAGAAACAAGCUGUGGACGACCUAUUGUUAGGAGAUGAAGGUAUCUAUGUUUGAUAUAUUGGUUAGAAUGUUUUUAUCAUCAAUUUGUCCCCUCUGAUAGCUCAAAGUAUUAGAAUGUCUCCGCCAUUCUUGCCGGGACAGAUAAGCAUCGAACAAAUAAUAGAUAGUAGAAAGCCGGAUCCGGAAGAAAUGCUUGAAAAUCUAGGAUUUGGAAGUUCGGAAGACAAUGACGAUAUUAAAAAACGUCUUCCACCUCGUUUCCACCAAACUGAUGUCAUCGAAUCGCCUACGCCUGUAGAAUUGGAUAACGAUCCAGGUUUGUUUGGUUUUGAGUCAUAUAAACAUUUUUACGAAAAAAUAGCGCAGGCUUCUUUACCUCAUCGUUUUAUUGAUCCAAAUCAUGAGCUGAUUAAAGGUUUUAUUGAGAGGCGGCUCUCCGAAAACAAAAAUUGUCAAAGUGAACAAUUAAAAAAUUUACAAAGUUUGCCAAGUACAAGUAGUAACUUAACACUAACUCCAGAAGGAUGGCGCAGCUACGAAGAUGUUUUAGAUUUUACAAAUAUAGCUGGAGCAGAGGCAUCAAAUAUAGAAGAGAAUACGUCUCUUGUACGAAGUGUUAAAAGGACAAGCAAAAAAGGCAAAACCUUUGAGUCAAUAUUACACCCACUUAACGCUGAAUAUUUAGCUAGCGUAGGCUAUUACGAUAGUACAUCGUCUGGCUCCCCUUCACCAACCAAUAUAAUUCCACCAUUGUUAAAAAAUUAUCAGCAACAAUCUUUCGACCUAGAGGAAAUUGAUUCUGUUCAUGAGCGUUCAAAGCUGACGAGAGAUCCUAGCAUGCAAUCUGAACAAAGUUCCGGGUUUAUUGAUAGUCAAGAGUUUUCAAGAGAGCCUUUUGCUAAACCUGAAACUGAAAUUAUUGAAGCGUGCAAUACGCAAGUUUUAGAAAAUAAAAAAACCAAUAAGAUUAGGGUUUCAUCAUCAUUUGAGAAGAAAAAAGAUUUCCAAAGCAUUAUUCAUUCAACUAUAAAAAGCUACUCCAAUCAGUUAGAAUCAAUUCAUCAGAGGUGGAAGAACCUGUGUACCAAAGUUCAGGACGAUGUCGAUUUGAGUAAAGAAUUUAAAGAUUUGGAUAGUAUUAAGGAAAAAAUAAGAGAACAAAUCAGACUUUGCGAAAGCCUUUUAAGGAAAGAUGUCAAUGAUGAAUGUAUACCGAUUUGUGUUGCUUUACUUAAAGAACAAAUAUACGAAGCUAGUAUUUUAGCUACUUUUGAAGGCUGUACCAUAAGCGAAAACAAGGAAUGUUUAGACGUGCUUAAGGACUUAACAUGUCUGGAGUCAGGACAAACCUCUUCAUAUACAGUUUGUAUUUGA